GGUAUCCUGUCACUCUUUGACUGCUCCACACUCUUUUUUGCGUUGUUUGUCAUUCUUUACAAGUCACUCUUUUAUCACAAUACACUCAUUCAUUAUGGUCCGUCUAGGAUUGACGGCUCUGCUUUUCGCAGGGCUGUCCGCUGCCGUUCAGGACACUGAGCAGGGUACCGCUGUUACUCACGUCCCAGGUGCCUACAUCUUCGAGUUCGAGGAGAACCACGAUACUGCCAAGUUUUACAGAACUGCUGAUGACAAGUACACCACCCGCGUCAAGUUUGAUUACGACCUGUUCAAGGGCGUUUCUAUCCAAUUUGACGAUGUUUCUACCGCUGAAGAUAUGGCUGCCAAGAUGGCGGCUCUUCCUGCGGUCAAGAACAUGUGGCCUGUCAAGGUCUACAGUAUUCCUAAGCCUCGCAUUGAGUGGACUGCCACGCCUGGCAUGAAGGCUCCUCUCAAGAAGCGUGAUCUGAAUGAUACUGCUGAUACAUUCUCACCCCACGUUCAGGUUCAGGUUGAUAAGCUUCGAGAGAAGGGUAUUACUGGCCAUGGUAUCAAGGUCGCUGUUGUCGACACUGGUAUCGAUUAUAAGCACCCUGCUCUUGGUGGUUGCUUCGGUCCCAACUGCCUCGUGUCCUUCGGCACUGAUCUUGUUGGAGAUAAGUACGAUGGCUUCAACGCCGUUUAUCCCGAUGACGAUCCCAUGGAUUGCCAAGGCCAUGGAUCUCACGUCGCUGGUAUUGUUGCCGCCCAAGAAAACGAGUACGGUUUCACUGGCGCUGCUCCCGGAGUCACCCUCGGCGCCUACCGAGUCUUCGGAUGCUCUGGAGAAGCCGGUAACGAUGUUCUCAUCGCCGCUUUUAACCAAGCUUACCAAGACGGCGCCGACAUCAUCACUGCUUCUAUCGGCGGUCCUAGCGGUUGGUCCGAGGAGCCCUGGGCUGUCGCCGUCUCUCGUAUCGUCGAGAAGGGUGUCCCUUGCACUGUCUCUGCCGGUAACUCUGGUGAUGUCGGCAUGUUCUACGCUAGCACUGCUGCUAACGGUAACAAAGUCAUGGCUAUCGCUUCUUACGACAACAGCGACUACGUCUCUCUUCUCAACAUUUCUCACUACACUGUUGACAACAGCAGCAAGAAGAUUGACUUUGGCUCUACUGCUGGUAGCCCUGCUGCUUGGGGCAACGUCACUCUUCCUCUUUGGGCUCCUAACCUGGAUCCUGCUACCCCUAACGGCGGUUGUGAUGCUUAUCCCGCCGAUACUCCCGAUCUUAGCAAGUACAUCGUCUUGGUUCGUCGUGGAAGCUGUACCUUUGUUCAGAAAGCCCAGAACGCUGCUAAGCAUGGUGCCAAGUACUUCCUCGUCUACAACAACGCUGCCAGCGGUGCUUCAGCCAUUGAUGUCUCAACUGUUGAGGGUAUCGUUGCUGCUGGUAUGGUCCCCGCUAAGACUGGUACCAAGUGGGUUGAGCUUCUCAAGGCUGGAUCUACCGUCACUCUCGAGAUGUCAGAUGGCUCUGAUGGAAAGGUCAUUCUUGAGGAGAGCAAGAACAAUGUUACCGGUGGCGCUGUGAGCACUUACUCUUCCUGGGGUCCUACCUGGGAACUCGAUGUCAAGCCCCAGUUUGGCUCUCCUGGUGGAAACAUCCUCUCGACAUAUCCUCUCAAGAAGGGCGGUUAUGCUGUCCUUUCCGGAACAUCAAUGGCCUGUCCCUUGGUCGCUGGAGUUAUUGCCCUCAUUGCCGAGGUCCGCGGUACUCUUGACCCUGAGGUCCUUGAGAACCUCUUGUCGUCUACUUCCAACCCUACUCUUUUCAACGACGGUGCUAAGUUCUAUGACUAUCUUGCUCCUGUGCCUCAGCAAGGUGGUGGUUUGAUCCAAGCUUAUGAUGCCGCUUACUCUACCCUCCUGCUGAGCCGCUCUAGCUUGGCUUUCAACGACACCGACCACUUCACCGAGGUUCUCAACUUCACCCUUCACAACACUGGUAAGACCGACCUCGAUCUAAGCAUCUCUCACAUUCCUACCAAGAGCGUCUACACUCUUGCCAAGGACAGCAUCUAUGCUUCUGAGUUCCCCAACGAUGUUGCCGAUGGUCAUGCCAGCCUCAAGUUCAGCGAAUCCAAGGUCAGCGUCGGCGCUGGUGACUCUGUUACCAUCGAGGUCAUGCCAACUCCUCCUGAGGGUCUCGAUGCUAAGCGUCUUGCGCUUUGGUCCGGAUACAUCGCUGUCAACGGCACUGGUGUCUCACUGUCUCUUCCCUACCAAGGUCUUACCGGCUCUCUCCACGACUCCAAGGUUCUCGGCUCUGAUGAUACAUGGAUCAGCAAGUCCAACGACAAGGACGAGCUCAACCCCGUCCCCGCCAACACCACCUUCGUUCUACCCGUCAAGGGCCAGAACGCUACUGACGAGAAGCCCGCUCCUGCUCUGGCAUGGAAGCUCGCCCUCGGAUCCGCCAAGCUUGAGGCUGAACUGAUUCCUGUCUCUGGUAACUCCACUGCCAAGAGUCUGGGAGCACCUGCUGGCUUCCCUACUUUGUGGAACCCCAUGGGCAAGGGCUCCGUUGUCUGGAAUGGAAAGUUGGCUGAUGGAGGAUACGCACCUGCUGGAAAGUACAAGGUUGCUUACAGGGCUCUGAGGAUCUUCGGUGAUGAGAAGAAGGAGAGUGAUUGGGACAAGUCGGAGUCGCCCGUCUUUGGUGUGAGGUACCCUUGAGUAUCAUGAUCGCUUGGAACGUUAUGAAACGACUUUUAUGUCAGUACCGACAGCGGUGGUGGAUGGAAUGUAGCUAGCAGUAAUUUGACAGUAUCAUUCAUUGAUAAUGGAAUCUCUUUAUGUCUUUACAUACUAUCCAG